GCGCGCGCGCGCCCGCGGGAGGCGGACUCGCCGCUGGGGAUGCAGGCGCGGACACCGGAGCAGCGGCAGCCUCGGUCUGCAGCCGAGGACCGGCCGGAGCGCGGGCUGGGGGAGAGUCGGCGGGGGCGGGCCGGGGAGGGUCCGCGGGCGGGGCGGGCGGCUCCCCACGCGCCUCCCCACGCGCCUCCCCACGCGCCUCCCCGCCGGCCGUCGCCUCGCCGCACAGCGCCAUGGAUGAGUUCCACCCAUUCAUCGAGGCUCUGCUGCCGCAUGUGCGUGCCUUCGCCUACACCUGGUUCAACCUGCAGGCGCGCAAGCGCAAGUACUUCAAGAAGCACGAGAAGCGCAUGUCGAAAGACGAGGAGCGCGCGGUGAAGGAUGAACUGCUGGGUGAAAAGGCCGAGGUGAAGCAGAAGUGGGCGUCACGGCUGCUGGCCAAGCUGCGCAAGGACAUCCGGCCCGAGUGCCGUGAAGACUUCGUACUGGCUGUGACAGGCAAGAAGGCACCGGGCUGUGUGCUGUCCAACCCGGACCAGAAGGGCAAGAUGCGGCGCAUCGACUGCCUGCGCCAGGCUGACAAAGUAUGGCGCCUGGACCUGGUCAUGGUCAUCCUGUUCAAGGGUAUCCCACUGGAGAGCACGGACGGCGAGCGGCUGGUGAAGGCCGCUGCCUGCGCGCACCCUGUGCUGUGUGUGCAGCCGCACCAUAUUGGCGUGGCCGUCAAGGAGCUGGACCUGUACCUGGCCUACUUCGUGCGGGAGCGCGAUGCGGAGCAGAGCAGCAGCCCCCGGACAGGAGUGGGCUCAGACCAGGAGGACAGCAAGCCCAUCACACUGGACACGACAGACUUCCAGGAGAGCUUCGUCACAUCUGGCGUGUUCAGUGUCACGGAGCUGAUCCAGGUGUCUCGGACACCUGUGGUGACCGGAACCGGGCCCAACUUCUCCCUGGGAGAGCUGCAGGGCCACCUGGCAUACGACCUGAACCCAGCCAGCGCUGGCAUGAGAAGGACUCUACCCAGUACUUCCUCCAGUGGGAGCAAGCGGCACAAGUCGGGCUCGAUGGAGGAGGACGUGGACACGAGCCCCGGCGGAGACUACUACACAUCACCCAACUCGCCCACGAGUAGCAGCCGCAACUGGACGGAAGACAUGGAAGGAGGCAUCUCAUCCCCGGUGAAGAAGACAGAGAUGGACAAAUCUCCAUUCAACAGCCCAUCCCCCCAGGACUCCCCCCGGCUCUCCAGCUUCACACAGCACCACAGGCCCGUCAUCGCGGUACACAGCGGCAUCGCGAGGAGCCCCCACCCGUCCUCAGCCCUGCACUUCCCUGCCACGCCCAUCCUGCCGCAGACAGCCUCCACCUACUUCCCCCACACUGCCAUCCGGUACCCGCCACAUCUCAACCCCCAGGACCCACUCAAGGAUCUGGUGUCCCUGGCCUGCGACCCGGCCACCCAGCAGCCAGGACCGCCUGCUCUCCGCCCGGCACGUCCCCUGCAAACAGUCCCUUUGUGGGAUUAGGACGGAGGGAUCCUCUUGCGGGACAGUCCUGGUACCUGGGGUAGCGGAGGUUGCCUUCCCACACCUCCUUCAUCGCCGGUGGAGUCCCAGGGUGACAGUCCCAGCCUGCAUUUUUGGUGGAAAAUUAGACGAGUGAGAAGUCCCCUGCCAACUCCCAGCUCAAUGGCAAUGACAGGAGGAGAAAGGACAAAAGACAAACAAGAAACAAAACCCUUCCCAACCAAGAUGAAAACACAUGGGAGCUCUGGGUCUCUGUGGCACCUACUGCUGAUGGCCGACUGGCUGCCCGCAGCUCUUCUGCGCCCGGAAGACCCUGCCAUCACCCACAGACCAGGCCUGGGCAGAAUGGAUGGGGUGGGCCACCCAGCCAGGCCACCUCUCCCCAAACCCCUGCUGCCUGCCACCAACGCCAGCCUCGGGGACCUCUGGCUCUCCCCACCGACAGUGUUUGCCAAAGACAGGAGGCUGGAGGUGGAUGGACGGCACGGUGGGCACCAUCCACGGUGGGCAGAAGAGGCGCGUGGGAGCCGCCCAGCGCUGGCCCUGCUGGGGACAGACAUGCCACACAGGUACUUCGGGAUCCCCGGGAGGGUCCCGCGUCCAGCCUCCAUCCGGGCCCUCUGGCCCCUCUCUCCUUGCGGACCUCAUUUGGAAGGACACAUCUCUCUAUGCAAUUUGUCCCCACCCCACCCCGGCAUGAGAGGCCACACAGCUCCCGACCCUCCGGCCUCCUCUCGCACAUGGAAAGUAUCAGCACUUUGAGAAACAGAGGUGGGGGAACCGGGGGGCCCCCCACGCCGAGGCCCCUGGAGGCGGGAGGUGCCGCGAUCUAAGUGCCUAGCCCCUCCACCCACCCGCCGUCCACCUCGUCCACUGGGGACACAGAGUGGCCAGGGCACCCCCACCCUCGUCUCUGUGUACCGUAGCUCAUCACCGCGCACCCUCCAAGCUAGAGAGAUGGGACCCCAGGGCGGUAGAGCUGGGUGUCCCGAAACCCAGGCUGGGGCUAUGCGCCGUCCCCUACACUUCUGCCAGUGCCUUACUUCCUGGAGACCCACCCUGGGGUACCCCACUGCAGGGGGAUACCCCCUUUGCACUUUGACCCUCCUGAUGAUGUGGGGCCCAGCACAGGGACCAAGAAGGCUGGUGGAAGUGCACUGGGACCCCAGGUGGGAGGGCUGUGGGGGUGAUGGGGUGACAGGGCGGACUGAUGGCCAGAGUCCCCCAUCUGCUAUGUGUGCUUCACUGACUAAAAACACUAAGACGGGGGCGGGGGGCGAGGGCCAUACCCCAACCCCAGCUCUGCGGCACCCACCUGGGGCCCUAUCUUGGAUGGCCCACUCUGGGAGGGGAUGUUGGGUGUUUUAAGGUCACUGAACCUACAAAGGCCCCUCCUCCCCGGCCACCCAUCUUGGCCCCAUCAUACCUGGCACUGUCAUGUCCCCUCCUGCGGAGGCCAUGGGCCAUCACCCCAGCAGAGCCCCCAGGGCCAGGCCCCACCCACCUGCUGCCCUCCCUGGGACACUUGUAAGUACAAAGCUCCCCAAGACUUCCCCAGCCUUUGAGGCCUCAAACCCCCACCAUCUGUCUGUCUGUCCUCAGGGACCCUCCAGAAGGGGGACCAUUGGGACACCACGGAGGCCACUGUUCAGAUGGGGCUCAGGCCAGUGGGUAGACCUGGCAAGUCCCCUCUGAUCCCCCCAAGUCAGCCAGCUGGGUCCCCCAGGGGUCAGGACAGAACCAACUAUUUACCUAACUGCAUGGUGCUUAAGGCCCCGCGACACCCAAGAGCCCCCUUCCUGCGCCGGGCUGCUGUGUGCAUGACAGAUCCGCCUACCCACCCACUCCCCUCACCGCCUCUACAAAAAAAAGGAAAGAAAAAAAAAGGAUACACACACACACAACCCCCCCAUAUAUAUAUAUAUAUCCUUACCAAAAAAAAAAAUCCAUUAUUUCCAAAUUUGCACGAACUUUUUACCACAACAUGUGCCUUGCUCUCCCGAGGACAAGUAUUAACUUUUAAUAAUAUCCGCGCACACAGACGCAUGCCCUGCACGCAUAGUUACAAACAGACAAGCAAUUACAUGAAAUAAAAAAUAAAAUUCAAAA